AUGAUGUUCCAUCAAAGGAGAGUUAUUUCCAUCUUUCUCACAGCCAUAUUUCUAAUGGGUGUUGCUAGUAGUGCUGAUACGAAAACCACUGCCACCACAACCAAAGCAACUAAGACAACAGGUCUGCCGAAGUUGAUAACUACAACUAGCACAACCAGCACAACCUCAUCAAAAACCACGGCAAAGAGCACAGCAACUAGUUCCGGUACCCAUAAAUCUGCAUCUAAUUUGCCAAAGGUCACUAGUGGUAGUAGUACUUCAUCCACCGUCGAAUCCGCAUCCUAUUCGUCAUCUACAAUCAGCUCAACUCCAAUUACAAUCCCUAAUACUAAUGGAAACCAUAACAUUUACCAUACAAAUUAUACUGACGGAACAGUCUUCAUUGCAUUCGGAAGCUGUUUGCUGUUUAUAACGUUAAUACUUUCAGUGGUGUGGGCCGUCUUAGGCCUUAAAGCAUGGAGGGAUGAACGUAAAGAAUACCAACUAAGAGCGUUAGAGGAAAAAUAUCAAUACGAUCCUUUCCAAUUACAAAAUGAAAUUGAUGAUAGUAGAAGUAAUAGUGAUAACGAUUCUCAAAGUGACAUUUCUGAGGAGUAUUUGAAACAGAAAUCGUCCAGGAUGUCAUUUUACAGUUUAGGUACUGCCUCUGCUUUAAAUCUGUUGAACCCCAAAGCUAAUGAUAAAUAUUCUGAUGAUGACACAAAUAAGAUUAAUAGUGCGGCAAGUAAUUUCAGGAAAUCUAUGUUUAUUUCGCCAACGGAAAUAUUACAGCAAGAUAUCCCAUUUAAUAACGACAGUAGUAUUUUUGAUUCCGCUAUAAGUACACCAAAGGGCGAACAAACCUCAACAACUCAAGUAAUUGCCAAUCCAGAUAAUAAUAAUUGGGGCUUAUUGAAUGACAGCUCAUUCCAAGGACUUGGGUUAAAACUUGACUCUGAACUUCCUUCUAGUAAUGAAAAUAACCAGAAGAAGAAGAAUUACAGACCUCCAAGUGCGCAUUUAGAUCAAUUAUUAGAUCAAGAUAGUGCUUAA